UGCUUCACUUGAUUAGUAUCGGGCGGGGAUUCUAUCCGGGUGUCUUGUAGUGGUCGGAGAUUCGCCUGUUUCGCGUGCUGAAUUUUAGUCGCCUGACCUGUUUGUUCUGAUAAUAUUCAGUUAGCUCAGCUCGUCGGAUCUCCUUGAUUAAUCGUGGGAAUGACUGGAAUUUCAGAUGCUUUGUGAUCUUAGGGGAACAGAGUUGUUAAUCUUCUGUAGUUUAGCCAGGAAACAUACUGCUUUUGCCUUUUCAUUUGUUUUAAUCUUAUUAAGGAAAUGCUGGUUCAGACUUCAGAGUUAAAUGUGCUUCACCCAUCAAAACGAAUCUGCUCAUACUGUCCACUCCAGCCUCAGUUCUGAAGAAAAUGGAAGAUUUAGCCAAGGGCGCUUUAACUUUUGUAUAAUUAGCAGAACCGUAGUCCAGUUUGUCGAUGAUACGUCUACCUGCAGUGUCAGGAUAUCGUCUCCCUCCAAAGGAAAUCCAGGAGAUUGUGGAUGUGCCACCGAAUGCCAGCUACCAUCUCUCUCCUCGCCGAGAUAGGAUCAUGUUCCUGAAACGUAGAGCUAUGCCUCCAUUGUCCGAGCUCGCAAAACCUGAUAAAAUACUUGCUGGCAUACGGAUCGAUUCCAGUUGUAACAUGAGGAGUCGAAUGUCCUUUUAUACUGGGAUUAGUAUCCAUUUGCUGAUGGAUGAUGGAAGUUUGGGUCCAGAGAAAGUGGUCCAUGGAUAUCCAGAUGCUGCAAAAAUUAAUUUUGUAACAUGGUCACCAGAUGGUCAGAAUGUGGCCUUCACUGUGCGUUAUGAAGAUGAGGCGGGCAGUGACAGCAAUUUAGCAUUGUGGGUUGCUAAUGCAGAAUCUGGAGAAGCUCGGCCACUUUUCAGACAAACAGACAUAAGACUGAAUGCUAUUUUUGAGCUAUUUGUGUGGGUGGAUCAUUCUACCCUGUUGGUCUGCAUUAUUCCUUCAUCACGUGGUGAUUCUCCGAAGAAGCCAUUGGUUCCUUUUGGUCCAAGGAUUCGCUCCAAUGAGCAGAACAAUGUCAUUCAGAUGAGAGCCACAAAAGAAAUGCUGAAAGAUUUGCAUGAGGAAGAAUUGUUCGAUUACUAUGCAACCUCUCAGUUAGUACUGGUUUCGUUGGAUGGGAUAGUGAAACCAGUAGCUUCCCCUGCUAUAUAUACUUUCCUUAAUCCUUCACCAGAUGAAAAGUACUUGAUGCUCACCUGUGUUCACAAGCCAUAUUCUUCUAUAGUCUCGUAUAAAAGGUUUCCCAAGAAGGUUGAGUUGUGGACAGUUCAUGGUAGAUUUGUCCGCGAACUUUGUGAUCUACCCCUUGCUGAAAAUAUUCCAAUUGCAGCCAACAGCGUCCGUAGGGGAAAACGUUUAAUCAGGUGGAGGCCUGACAUGCCUUCAACCUUAUAUUGGGUGGAGGCACAAGAUGGAGGAGAUGCAAACGUUGAAGUCUCACCACGUGAUAUAGUUUACAUGGAACCUGCUGAGCCUUUAAAUGGCGAGAAACCUCAUGUCCUGCUUAAACUUGACCUUCGGUAUAGAAGGAUCUCUUGGUGCUAUGGAUUGCAUGCACUGGCAUAUGAAUAUUGGCACAAGACAUGCAGAACAAGAACAUGGAUCAUCUCUCCUGAUUGCAAUGAUCUUAGCCCACGAUUAUUAUUUGAUAGAUCUUCUGAAGAUGCUUACUCGAGUCCAGGCUCUCCAAUGAUGUGCAGAACUCCUGCAGGCACCCUUGUCAUUGCAAAAAUUAAGACAAACUAUGAAGGGACCUAUAUCCUAAUGAAGGGACAGGGUGCCACACCAAAAGGAAGCGUCCCUUUUCUUGAUCUCUUAAACAUAACUACGGGAGCGAAAGAGCGGAUAUGGGAAAGUAGUGUAGACAAGUACUAUGAAUCUGCUCUUGCACUGAUGUCAUACCAUCCAAAAUGUGAAAUCCAGCUAAAUGAACUAAAAUUUCUCAUAUCGAAAGAGUCAAGAAGCGAAGCUGCCCAAUAUUAUGUUAGUAUCUGGCCUGAUAAGAAGCAAGUCCAGAUUACAAGUUAUCCCCAUCCAUAUCCUCAGCUGGCAUCAUUGCAGAGAGAAAUAAUCAGAUACGAGCGAGAUGAUGGUGUUAAACUUACUGCUACAUUAUAUCUGCCUCCAGGCUAUAAUCCAUCGAAAGACGGGCCUCUUGCAUGCUUGAUUUGGUCUUAUCCUGGAGACUUUAAAAGCAGAGAGGCUGCUGGGCAAGUCCGUCGUUCACCCAAUAAAUUUGCACGCAUUAACAACAGUUUUCCUCUUCUUUGGUUAGCUAGAGGGUUUGCUGUUUUGGCUGACCCGACAAUCCCUAUAAUUGGUGAAGGAGAUCAGGAGGCGAAUGACAGGUACAUAGAGCAGCUGAUUGCUAGUGCGGAAGCAGCGGUAAAUGAGAUUGUAAGAAGAGGGGUUGCUCACCCUGACAAAAUUGCUGUGGGCGGUCAUUCAUAUGGUGCAUUUAUGACUGCUAACCUCUUGGCACAUGCACCUCAUCUUUUCUGCUGCGGAAUCGCUCGCUCUGGAGCCUACAACAGGACACCGACUCCAUUUGGCUUUCAGAAAGAGGUGAGGACGCUCUGGGAAGCUACCGAUACCUAUAUUAAGAUGAGCCCUUUCAUGAUAGCUAACAAAAUCAAGAAACCAAUUCUACUGAUACAUGGAGAAGAAGACAGCAAAGUAACAACAGCAAUGCAGUCAAGUCAAUUUUAUGAUGCUUUGAAAGGGCAUGGGGUGCCAUGCCGUCUUGUAGUUCUCCCAUUCGAGGGGCACCGAUAUGCUGCAAGGGAAAGCGUUAUGCAUGUAAUUUGGGAGACUGAUAGAUGGCUACAGAAAUAUUGUGCAAUGGUGAGCGGUGAGACAACACAAUCACAUGUUGAUGGUGCACCAGCAUGUGAAGCUUUAACAUUAAACUUCACCAAGAUAUCUAGUCUGAGCAAGCUGAUACUAAUGGCCUUGGAUUAUAUCGGUGUAGGAAACUUUAAAGAUAACUCACAAUGAUAUUGAUGUGUUUCCAUGUGCACACAGAAGAGUAUCACUUCAUUCACUGCUCUGUUUCCAUAUCAUUCUUGACUCUUGUAACGCGAGACUCGGUAAUCAUAUUCAUACAUGCCAAUAAACACCGUUGCUAUAUAUGUACUUGUUGUCUGCUUCUCAAGUUGAUAUCUUCUUUGGAGUUCCUUUCUUGAAUGUCACGUCAUCAUAUCAAAGUGUUAUAUUAUGAAGCUUUGCUAGUACAGAAAUUUAAGGCCUGAAGACACCAACACUACAAUUCCAAUUAUGAUGAAGCAUAACGAGGGUAAAAUUCGAUCCCAUCAUGUUAACCAAUGGUGCUUCAGUGAGGUCAUUAUGUUCGUUCCUAAACUCAUUCUGCACAUAUGCUCUGUAUCUGAGGCACGAAUCGAUGCGAUUCUAACCUCUUUUUACUGGUAAAAUUGCAAAACAGUGAACAGUUGUAAGGUUCUAUACGAUGGGUAUCUCGAAUUAAGCAUAACCAUAUCAGAAAUCGCAAGAAGGAAUCAGAGAAAUUGCUUCAGUAAACUGAUGUCUGUAGAAUAAUAUGUCCUCACCUUACCACCAGCGUAUCUUGUUUGCUUUGGAUAGAUGCUUGGUGUUUCUGUUACAUAUUCCGUUCAGAUUAAAUUGCUCCUAUUGGCCUUCACAAAGUCCUCUCUUCACACCACACAAGAUGAUAAGGGUACUAGCAAAGAAAUCCUCUAAAAACAUGGAAGGAAAAAUAAAUGUGUCACAAAAUGGGAUUUAACAUCUGAACUUAUUUUAUUCUUUUGACUUCCUUCGACAGUGAAAGCUUAAAGUGAAUGUGUCUCAUCUCUAACUGAUUGCACUCAAUUGUUUUUUAUUGUUAGGGCUGAAAUAAACUUGGAAGCACUGAACAUUUUCUUACCUGACAAUCCUCUACCAAAAAAAAAGGAGACGUUAUUAUACGGGGUGAGUGAGACUAUUGUUGGAUAUAACAAAACAAAGGGUGAGUGAGACUAUUGUUGGAUAUAACAAAACAAAGCAACGGGAAGGUCAAUUAUACGGUCCCCAUCAUCUGUAAAUAGUUAUAAACAGAUACAAAGACUGUUCUACCAUGUGAGCUUCUGUUCAUGAUGCCUAGCAAAUAAAACUUAUUUUGUUGGCUUUGUGAUUGUGAUACACCCAGGUUUUAAUCAAACAAGAUCAUCUUGGAUAACAUCAUAGACUAAGUCAGGUCUAGCUUCAUCAUAUGCACAAGGACAUGAUUUGGUCAUCAACAUUAGGACGAACAAGACAGCAUACUUUGGUCUAACUACAACUAGCGUCAAUCAUCAGGCAAACAUUUCCUUGUGGUAAAUGACAAUUUUUUAAAUCAGAUUAAAACUUUGGAUGUAGUCUUAUUAAUGACGCUUCUUUUUUGGCAUUCAAGAAAUAUGACAUGAUUUAUUUAUUAUCGAAGAAAACCACGGGGCCAAGGGCUCUGUCCAUUCAUUAAAGAAAGUAAAAUAAUGUAAAGUAUGUUGGACACAUUAAAGGACCAAUUUAUAGAAGAGAAUUUUGGAUAAUGAACUCUAUCCACUUUGACAAUACUACCAUGCUGAUUCAGAAGGCUAGCUAGGAGCCUAGGUAGGAGAAUUGCUUCAUCUGUGCUCAGAUCAAAGAAGUGACAUAGAUGCUGACCAAAGCAACUGUGAGCACAAAGUAGUUCAGUAUUACCUUGCUGGCAAUACUAUUAUUCUGCACUGAAUUUCGACUCCUCUUUAACCUGCAAUUCAAGUUUCAUUCACCACUUCAUUUUAACAUUGUAGAGGAAAAUUCAUCAGUAUAUAUACUUGCAUAGGUGUAUCACUAUGGGUCAAUUAUUUUUUUAAGAGAUUGUGUGGAUGAACACACCACAUGCACGUCACACUCAUGACAUAAACGUACGUAGACGCGUGCGCGUGCUCUACACGCGCUAUAUUUGCAGGGGCAAGAUUUUUUGAUAGCAUUUUAAUGUAGGUCGUCGUUGUCAGGGAAUCAAAUCCAAGCACACAUUUUUAGACCAUGUACAACCACAUCAAUUUUUUUGCAGGAGAAAAGACAAAUGGUGGUCUGAAUUCUACGAGAUGUCAGAAACAUCUCCGUGUCAUAGUCUUGCAAGACUUGUGCAGGCCACAAGCCUCUCUAGCUGUUCUGUCCAUACAAGCAACACCCAUACCAUUCUGGUACGUUUCCUUACAACUUGGUGAGUGUAGAAUUUUAUCAGGUCACAGCAGAAGGCUGAACAGUAACUGUCAUAGCCUCAUCCAGCGUAGGGCUCUGUAUGUUGCCCUUAUCUUGUUCUCCGGAAUACAAUGCCUUCAUCUGAGCUAGAGCUGUCCACGCACCCCAUUCAUCGCCGAAAGUCACACUGACCGGCUCUGAUCAAUACAGAAUAUUUGCCUCUGUUUCGUUCCUUUCGUCUAAAGGCUCCAUUCGGGGUGUUUUCAGUCAGGGGGUGCGAGCGAACGGCUGUGACGAUGUCUGGGAGAAGUAUCGGAAUGAUUGGCCCAUUUCGUGUGUGUGCGCAAAGUCAACAAUCCUAAAUGGUUCUCAUGGGCACCUUUAGUACCUGUCUUUUUUGGGUGCCUUCCAAUGAUUCCCAAAGGCCAAGAAGGCAGGCCAGGCCUAGGAGCAACCACUUGCACAUCCGAUGGCUGUUACUGUCUUACAGUGGCAAGCAAAAGGAGAGGCGGCGAGAAGACGGGGAAACGCAGCAGCAAGCAAGCGACCGAGAAAGCAACCGUAGACCGGUAGGUGCUGGAAUUCAGAAAGCUCCCGGGGCACGCAAAUUUCACCCCGAGUUGUCGCGUUUUCGCCUUGAUUUGUAGCCUCCUGUUUGAUUCAGACCAAUCACUGCCAUAAUAAAAGGUAGUAGAUCAUAUCAUUUGGUACCUCGCUUGACUAUUGUGGUAUGAGAUUGUUUUUUGCCAAA